UACAGAGAUUUAUCUUUAGAAUGAAACUCUUUAAAUAUUUUGUCGCGACAUUCGCAUUGUUAUCGUGCUAAUUGUGAAUAAAAUGUGUUUUAUAAAAUAAAUUAUACAAAAGAAAAAAGAAACAAUUAAGUUUUAAACAAUAUGUGUAUAUUAUGUACAUAUCAAAAAGUUUUCAUUAAUAAGAUAUAAAUCUUUCGAAAUAAAAAUUCUUAUGUAUAUACACAUAAUUUAUGACAUAAUAUAUUUAAUAUAUUUAUAUUAAUAAUGUGUGUAUCCAGACAGAGAAUAUUAUUACAUACUUGAAUUUUUUACGAGAAAAAUGCAUUUUAAUGGAUAUAGUUUGCAGAUAAUAAUUCUUACUCUAUAAAAGCAAGAAAUUUGCAAUUCUAAAGCUAAAAAUAUACCUCGGUUCAAUAUGAAAACAGUAUAUUGGCAGAAAAAUUUAUAUGAAAAUUAUGGCUUGCCAGACAAUUACACGGAUAGAUCCUUCUUAAAACAACUGCGUAAGAAUAUAAAACCAAAUAAUGUGACAUUGAUUGAAGCAAUAAGUUUGGGUGCUAGUAUAUCCAUACAAUUGAGCAUUGUUGUACUAUUUGUCAUAAUAUUUAUUUGGUUAAAUAAUGAAUGGAUCACGCCAAAUGUUAUUGUAAUAUCAGGGGGCAUAUUAACAAUCUUUGGAUAUUUUAUUUAUAACAUCAAAGUAUCCAAUCGACCUACAAAAUUAACAAAAGAUCUGUGGACAGUAUUAAUAUUCCUCACAUUUGGUUACAUUUUAUCACCUAUUUUAAAAACUUUAACUGAAACAAUUAGUACUGAUACAAUUUAUGCUAUGACAAUAUUGAUGUUCUUAACUCAUUUAAUAUUUAGCAAAUAUGGAUCAUCACAAAUCUCUUUGUCAGAUUCCUUAUCCAUAACUUCUUCAAUUUUUGGUUCGUUAAUGUUGGCUUCCAGAUUAACAUCUCCAUUACAUGCUUUUUCACUUUUAACAGUUUCAGUUCAAUGUUUUGUGUUGUUACCAUAUUUAUUAUCACAAAUAAAUAAUAAAAUUUUUAUAUCAAUUCUUUUGACAAUCGGUACCAUAUAUUUACUUUUAUUUAUUUCACAAACAUUUUCAUAUGUUUUUAUUAUUGCCAUAAUAUUUCUCCACUUUAUUUGUCCACUUUGGUAUAUCAGAUGCCAAAAAUAUAAAGAUAACAUUUAUGGUCCAUGGGAUGAGGCAGUAAUUGUUUCCUAAAAAACAAAUAGAAUUGAAUUUCUCUGUAAGUUAUAUCAUAAUUAUAUAAAAAUAUGUACAAAUGUCAACAUAUAUUUUCUCUCCUCCCAAUUAAAUUUGCAUUAUAUAUGUGUACUUUCCCUCCCUCUCUCUCUUUGAAAUACAACAUUCCAUAUUUAUCAUAUAUUUUUAUAUAAAAAUGUCUUACAUUAUCUAUAUAUCUCUUUACAUUAUCUAUAUAAUAAAUAAUAUAUGACAAUGCAAUAUAUAAUAAUGCAAAAAUAUAUUUUAUUACAUAAUAUAUAGAUCAGAGAUAAAUGAGACAUAUGGAAAAAGCAAAUGUUAUACUUCCAAUAUUAACUAUGUAUAUCUUUUGAUCUUAAUAUGUACAAAAGAUGCAAAAGAGAAUGAUUUGAAAUAAGGAACAAUUAUGAUAUUUUUUGAUUCACUUUUGUAAAUAAAUCAACGUCGAUUGUAUGUAUGUUUAGUAUUUUUCAAAUAGAAUAUUGUAUUAAUAAUUUCAAUAUGUAAUACAGGGUGUCUACUCUCUGGGAAAACAUGGAAAAUCUGGAAUUCUCAGGGAAUUUUUUUAUAUCUGGAAAAUCAGGGAAUUCUUAAGGAAAUUUGGUUGGGACUGAGGGAUUUAAAAAAAAAUUAUCUCUUUGAAAAUUUUGCUCUUAUACAUAAGCAGUAGAUAAUCCAUCAAUAAGCCAUGUGAAUUGUUUCAAAUAUAUUAUAAACAUAUAUAUAUCUUUGUUUAUAUAUACAAUGUUUUAACAAAAUAUUGUUUUAUUUUCAAUACAUUUGUAAAUCUAGCACUUGAAAUUUAAAUGACUUUGUGUUUCUCCUUCGUAUAAAUAGAAAGCAUUAGAAAACGAGUACAAUAAAAAAAACCUUAUUUGAGGAAAUUAUACUAAAAAAUGUUUAAAAUAUUCUCUUUACCUGGAAUUUUGAAUAAAAAUACCUGGAUGAUCAGGAAAUUCUCAGAGAAAUUUUUUACAGGAUUUGAGUAGACACCCUAUAAUAUCUCAAAUAAUAUGAAAAAUAUAUUCCUCGUAUCUAGUACAAAUUCAAGUACAAAUAUUAUUCAUUUUUAUUUUACAUAAAAAAAUUGACAUUAAGUAGAAUAUAUAAAUUGGGAUAAAAAAUAUGUACUUAAAUUAUAAUAGUAUCUAUUAAUAAGAAAUCUAUUAUAAGAAUGAAGG